AUGACUUUUGAAGAGGUUGUGGGCGGUGGUGUGUUUACCCUGGAAGCACAGCUCGGCUCUGUUGAAGGGACUUGUCAAUCCAUAUUUACGUAUACCCAGUCAACGGAUGUGGGUUCAGACGAACAGGAUAUCGAGAUGCUUGGCCAAUCGCUCCUGACUCCGGGGCCGAUCGGUGUUGAUCCUGGUAUUCAGCUCACCAACUGGAAUCCUACCAAUGCUAGCGAGAGUGAAGAGACGACCACGCCCUUCCCUAACGAUCCAACCACUUCGUACCACAACUAUACUAUCGGCUGGCUGCCUGGUGGUACCAAAUACUACUACGACGGUCAAGAGCUCAACAGCCCGUCCAAAUACUCAUCGGUCAAUCCUUCCUACGUCAUCAUCAAUAACUGGUCCAACGGCAAUCCCAAUUUCACUGCUGGACCGCCUACUGCGGAUGUUGACUUGCGAAUCAAGAGCGUCGCAUUCUAUUACCAGACUGAGACUCUCGACCGCUACCCGGCAUAUCCUGAUGGUUGUUCAGAAGCGGAUGCUUGCGUCGUUACAGGCUGA